AUGCCAAAAUUCUUUUGCGACUACUGCGAUGUCUACCUUACCCACGACUCCAUGAGCGUGCGCAAGGCUCACAACAGCGGAAAGAACCAUUUGCGCAAUGUAGUAGACUACUAUCAACAAAUCGGCCACGAAAAGGCACAGUCGGUCAUCGACUCCAUCACUUCAUCCUACGCCGCCGAAGGCCAAGCACACGCGAACCCAAUGCUGCCGCAGAACCAGCCCGGCAAUGCUUUCCCCCCGCCAUUUCCCUUCCCAGGCGGCCCUCCCCCAUUUCCCGGCAUGCCUGGUGCAGCUCCUGGCCAAUUCCCUCAUGGAAUGCCCCCUCCUCCCGGCGGUGGUCGCGGCAUGCCUCCUAUGCCUCCUUUCCCACCUGGACCUAAUGGAUUACCUGUUCCUCCUCCCGGAGGCUUGCCCUUCCCUCCACCUCCCGGAGGUCUUCCUUUCCCCCCUCCAGGAGCUUCUGGCACUCCUCCGAAUUUCCCUGGUGUGCCGGGAAUGCCUCCUCCAGGUCAAGGCUUCCCACCUGGAUCUGCUCCACCACCUGGUUUCCCCGGCGGACCUGGCGCGCCUGGACAGGACAGGAGGUAG